AUGUUUGAGCCAUGGAUUCUGCGUAAGAGAAUCACUGAUAGCCUCGAGGGUGAUGAAUUCUCAGUGAUCGCGAGUUUUGAAUCGCUGAUUCAGCGAGAUGUACGGGUGAUGUUAAGCCUUCCGAAAUCCAACAAAACGAAAGGAGGGCGAACCUCAAUUUCAAAGGAGCCCUUUUAUUUAGUAUUCCGCAGUAUGUUAAAAAUUUAUUAUUUUUAUCCACUUAAAGGGGUCCUCUGGUCUGACGCCCUGAUUUUUGAGCAUUUUUUUGGGAUUUUUUUGUAA